AUGGCAGCCCCCGAGGAGAACAGUCUCUUCCCUCCCCACCCCUACCACAUCCCUGGCUAUGAGGGUUUCAUCCCUCAGUACAGGUACCGCUUUGGGGAGACUUUUGGGAGAACCACACACCGGCUGCUGACGGAUCCUGCUGUUAGGAGGAGCCCUCGCCCCUUGCUGGCACCCCUGCACAAGCAGAAGUUCACUGAGGACUUCAGUGAGACGAAGCAUGGGCUCCAGGGGUACCUCCCUGGGCGUCCAGGGUACUUUCCAUAUGGGAAAUCUGGGGCUGCAACAAGCUUCCCUGAACGAGUCCUUGGGCCAAAAUCUCCCCUGCUGGAGCCAAGGCCUGCAGAGGAUGAGCUGGUGGUGACACACAUGGACCCCGUGCCCGAGCACCACCCCGGCCAGUACGCCCCGAGGGCACCAGUGCCUCAGGGGUACCCGGGGAGGGUCUCAUCCGAGGGGCAGGACUGGAGACUGCCCGAGCUGCCCCCGGCUUGUGGACAGGAGCAAAGCUGUGGAGCUGGGCAGCUUGGUGGGGCCUUGGCCAGGAGCAAACUGCCCAUAAAAAUGGACGAUGAGACUCUGCCAGAAGUGGCUGCAACUGCAGACGUGAAGCAAGAUAAUUGGUUACCAAAACUGGAUAUACCAAAGGUGAUCCAAGAGAAAGUCAUUCCAGGGUAUGCUGGAUUCAUCCCCCACCUCGCCUUGAUUUAUGGUGUGAACUAUGUCCAGAGUGUGAAGGAAGCAAUGGCCAGUUUUGACAGACAGCAGUUUUUGCUGAGAUACCCAUCUUCCAGCUUUGGCAAGAGAUUCCCCCCAAACUACUGGCCUAACAACAGGAUUUACACCAGUGCUGGACUGAUACCUUUCUACGCAGGCUUUGUACCACACAACCGCGACAACUACGCGCUCACCUUCGGGAACAGCACCCGCAGAGCUUACCAAAAGGAACAAAAGAGACGAGCUUUUGCACUGUGA